AUGUCAUCACUAGCUGAUACAAAACUGUCAUAGAAACCAAAAUUGCUCUAUGGUCAUUGUUUGAAAUUUGAAAUUUGUGUUGUAUCGCGUGUAGAUAAACCACGCCGUAAUAAUAAGAAAUACAACAUUGUGUUUGUGCCAUUGUGAUUUAAAUAAUUAACCAUGGCGUCUCUAGCAGCGGCGCAAGUGCAGGAAGUUCGGAACAUCACACGUAUAGAGAGAAUUGGCGCGCAUUCUCACAUUAGAGGAUUGGGUUUAGAUGACUCCCUCGAGCCUAGAGCCGUCUCUCAGGGCAUGGUGGGCCAGAAAAUGGCGAGAAAGGCCGCCGGUGUCGUCCUGCAGAUGAUUCGAGAAGGUAAGAUUGCAGGCCGUGCUGUACUUCUCGCAGGCCAGCCCGGUACAGGCAAGACUGCUAUUGCCAUGGGCCUCGCACAAGCCCUGGGCCCUGACACACCCUUCACUAGCAUGGCGGGUUCAGAGAUAUUCUCAUUGGAAAUGAGCAAGACGGAGGCGCUCACGCAAGCCAUCAGAAAGUCCAUCGGCAUCAGAAUCAAAGAAGAAUCAGAGAUAAUAGAGGGAGAAGUGGUCGAAGUUGUGGUCGAACGCGCCGCAGGAGGUGGUGGCGCGCGCGUCGGCAAACUCACGCUCAAGACAACAGACAUGGAGACCAACUACGACAUGGGCGCGAAGAUGAUCGACUCCCUGCUUAAAGAGAAGGUACAAGCUGGUGAUGUGAUUACCAUAGACAAAGCAACGGGAAAGAUUAACAAAUUGGGAAGAAGUUUUGCACGAGCAAGAGACUAUGAUGCCACUGGCCAACAAGCCCGCUUCGUCCAAUGUCCCGAAGGAGAGCUCCAGAAGCGGAAGGAGGUGGUGCACACGGUGACGCUGCACGAGGUCGACGUCAUCAACUCGCGCACGCACGGGUUCCUCGCGCUGUUCUCCGGCGACACCGGUGAAAUAAAAUCUGAAAUAAGAGAGCAGAUCAACAGCAAAGUGGCGGAGUGGCGCGAGGAGGGGAAAGCGGAAAUGAUUCCCGGAGUGCUGUUCAUUGACGAGGCCCACAUGCUGGACAUCGAAUGCUUCUCAUUCCUGAACCGAGCGCUGGAAUCUGAGACCGCUCCGGUGGUCAUCAUGGCGACCAACCGCGGCAUCACGCGCAUCAGAGGCACCAACUACCGGAGUCCCCACGGGAUACCGCUCGACUUGCUGGACAGGAUGAUCAUAGUGCCGACCACGCCGUAUUCCCAUCAAGAGCUCCGGGAAAUAUUGAAUAUAAGAUGCGAGGAGGAAGACUGUCAGAUGACGAGCGACGCGCUGACGGUGCUGACGCGCGUCGCCACAGAGACCUCGCUGCGGUACGCGAUACAACUCAUCACCACGGCGUCGCUCGUCGCGAGGCGCAGGAGGGCUACGGAGGUAAGCAUGGAAGAUGUCAAGAAAGUGUACUCCCUGUUCCUGGACGAGCACAGAUCUGAACAGUUCCUGAAGGAAUACCAGGACGAGUUUAUGUUCAACGACGGCUCCGGAGAUGCACCCCAAAUGAUGGAAGUAUCGCAAUGAAUUUCAAACACUUUGUAGAUUUUCUACUAAUGGUAGGUUUCUACAGAAAAUGGCUGCACUAUACAUUCGAAACAGUAAGGAUGUUCAAUUAAUUGAUUUAUUCUUACGAUUGUUUUGUUUUAAGGAGUUAGAUGUAAUUUUGUAAUAAAAUAUAAAAAUAUUUGUUGUUUUAAU